AUGGUUACCACUAAAUCCCUAAAACAGAAUUCCGAGCAAGACCCUCCUUCCGAAGAACACCAGCAAAAGAAAGCAAAGAUGACUCCUUCCUCACCCGAGCCCGAGGUUUUCUUUCCGUGCCAUCGUUCACGGGUUGAGUAUGGGAAUGAAAUUGCGGAGAUGAGAGAGAUGUUCGAGGCUGGAAUGUGGGGUUGGCCCGGGCCACGGAAUGCAAAAGAAAUGAGAAUCUCUACGGUCGGUUUUAGGGUGGAGGCCCAAUCGUGGGCCAUUGAAUUCUCGAAGACCGACCAUAGGGAUGCGGACCAUCUCUCCGACAGCCAGAAAGAGGCCAUCAUCGGUAGUCUCAAAGGACAAUGUGUGCAAGAGAAAUGGGACGUCUUUAUAGGACUCUGUUCACCGCUGAUUCGAGAGACGAUCUUCGAAAUACUAGCAGAAGCUAUGAUCCAUAAACACGUCGUCGAAAGGAUUUUCUUGUCCCGUUACUGGUACCUCGACGGAAAGAUGAACGCGUCAGAUGAAGGAGAUGAGACGUUCGGCGCCCGACUGCAGUAUCUGUAUGAGAGAUUCCAUGAAACCAAUCCAAACAUGGCGGGACUUUGGAGAUCGGAAACGAACCGCCUUGCAAAUGGGAUGAGACCAAGUAGGAUUUCGAGCACAGAAUUUGGAACUUACAAUCAGGAACGCCGUAGGUCCCUUCUCAAUCGAUUCGUGGAUGAAACUCUUGCCAGCGAGCCUUUCCAAUGGCUACUUAGAGAUCUAUCAACCAAGGAGGAGGUUGACAAGCGGCGUAGACGCCUCUACAGAGUCUUUGAGUUUGCAUCCGAUGAAGCUGUCAAAUUUGAAAACUCGCGAGGCAACCCUACUUUCUAUGAAAUGAAAGACCUGCCUGAGACUUUCACCAAGGGUACAGGUGAUAUCAUGAUCCCACAUGAAUACAAUCAUCUACACGAGGGUCGCUUCAGCUUGGAUGGUCAUCGGAUUUUGAUUUGUCUUUUCCCGGGGGUUAUUCGCCGUAAUAUCACUUUCUCGGCGAGAACAGCAACUGAAUAUAGCAUCCCAGCAUAUGUUGUGGUUGCGAACCAGUAA